AUGGCGACGCAGGUGCUUCCAUCCCAGGAUCCUUUUGUUCCACGCGGGUCACCAUUUGGAAUUGGGAUGUAUCCAGGAUUCGAGGGAUUCGAAGGCGUCAACCAGCCCACGUUUCAAGGCUUCCAGCCGGAGCCGCAUACUCAGAAUCCAUACAUGAUGGCUUCGGCCAUCAGAACGUCCGAGGACUCGUUCCGCCGUGCGCCGUCACUGUCGCCUAAUCAGAUGCGAAUUCCUGUACGGAGAGAUCGGACUCCCAUUCAGCACAGUAGACGCAGCGUUCCGCGCGAGCGAGCCCGCAGUCACAGUCGAACAGAAAUGUUGUUAUCUUACGCGUCUGAGCAGAUGCAGACUCAGCAGCCUCAAGUUGCUUCUCAGGCAUCUGUGACAGUCGUGCCGUCCCAAUCGGCCCCCACAACACCUCAGAUAUUCCCAAUGCCAGCAUCUUACUCUGCACCAGCGCCGCCGAUAGCGGCAGCACCGUAUGAUACAAGUGGAGGCUAUUUUCCAACACUGAUAGGCCAACCUAAUGCGGACGAAAUGCCGGAGUUGGAUUUUCGAUCCGGUCCUCACUUCCAAGAAUACUAUUCAAUAUCGCGAUCUGCCUCAGGUUCGGUUGGGAUGCCUGGCAUGAAUCCUCAAAACGUCUACCUAAACCGGGAAGAACAGCCAAACCCUUCCACUUUGCUUCCUUCAAUACCGACGACAAUAGCUUCGUUUCCCCCAGUCCAGAACGCACUCGAAUCUUCCACCGAUGAAGUUGAGAUUAUGUCCCCCAGACCCAAACCGCAGUGUUGGGAUCACGGCUGUAAUGGCCGACAAUUCAGUACCUUUUCGAAUCUGCUACGUCACCAGAGAGAGAAGAGCGGGAGUGCUAUGAAGGCCAUGUGCCCGUACUGCGGAAUUGAGUUCACCCGAACAACAGCGCGGAAUGGUCAUAUGUACGGUGGCAAAUGCAAGGGCCGGUCAGACAGGGCGUCUUCGGAGCCCUCGCGGAGUGACGGAGAACAGGAAGCAUAG